UUGACGAGUGGCACGCGAUAAGCACAGCACAGAACUUAAUUGAACUGUUUUCACCGUUCAAUGUUUAGUCCGUGCACAAUUGUCGAGUAUUCACAAUGGGCGUUACAGUUAAGAAUCCGAGCGCAGAGCAAAUCGAGAAGCUGCGCCAAAGAUUCAACACCAAAUAUGCCGCCUCGCCGCCAGCAGAACCCUUUCAUCCCAUAGACAUCGAUCGCAUACGCAACGAUCAUGUCUGGCUGCGACGUUUUCUCGAAAUGCAUGAUCUGGAUAUGGAGACGUCCUUCAAUAAACUCUGGGAAACGUGCACUUGGCGUCAGUCGUACGGUGCCAAUGACUUGACCGAGGACAAACUGAAUCAAGAGUAUCUGACGGAGGGUUCGGUAUUUGUGCACGGUCAGGAUGUGGAUGGCAAGCCGUUGCUUAUCUUUCGGGUCAGAUUGCAUAGCAAAUCCAAGAAUCUGGAUGAACUGAUACGCAUUGUCGUCUAUUGGAUAGAGCGCAAGCAGCGCGAGAGCCACUUGACCCAGUUGAGCAUAUUCUUUGAUAUGGCCGGCACGGGCCUGGCAACCAUGGAUCUGGACUUUGUCAAGCGCAUUGUGGAAACUUUUAAGCUCUACUAUCCCAAUGCUCUCAACUAUAUACUGGUUUUUGAGCUGGCCUGGGUGCUGAAUGCCGCCUUUAAGGUCAUCAAGACUCUGCUGCCGCCCAAGGCGGUCGAGAUAUUGAAAAUGAUAUCGAAAAAGGACGUCACGCAAUAUGUGCCCAAGGACAAUUGUCUGGUCAGCUGGGGUGGCAAUGACAGCUACGAAUUCCAAUUUGUGCCCGAGUCCAAGCGUCCGCCACCCAAACCGAAGGCCGCAAAUGCCGGCGAUGACGACCAGCCACAUGAGGACAUGGGCUUGGACAAGAAGGUGCACUUCUCGAAGAUCGUUCAAAUGUCGCCACACGACUCAAGCUUUGGCGAGCUGCACACAACCCCCGAUGAUGAGGUUAUGUUGCAAUUGGAGCCCAAAGAAUUUGUCAAUAUUUGCCCACAAAGCGGGGAAGCAAAGUUAAGUCUCAAGAACAUUUCCAGUCAGCCGGUCGCUUAUAAGAUUCAAACCACAUCGCCAGAGAAGUUUCGCGUUCGUCCACGCUGUGGUGUGGUCCAACCGAAUGAAACCACCGAUGUGAGCAUAUGGCUAAAGCCGGACCAUACACUCAGCUCAGAUGGGAAAGAUAAAUUCCUUGUAAUGGCAACUAGCACGCCGGAUGGUGGAAGCGGCGCACAGGAAGUUAUAGAAUUGUGGAGAGAGAAGACUGCAAAUGACUCAGAUGUGGAGAAUUAUCGUCUUGUUUGUCGUCUCGAUGAGAAAAAGGAUUGUGGCGUCAAGAGCGAUGGCCAAUCGAGUCGCGAAUUUGGUCCCGAACAGUUGCAGAUGCAAGCCCAGAAAAUGGAAGCUCAAUUGAACUUUACAAAACAUUUACAAUACGCUACGUUAGCUUUAUUAUUACUGCUCUUUAUUGGUUUCGGCUUUCUAAUGUUCGAGCAGAUGCAUAAAACAUCGGGGGGUCGUCCUCAUCAUCAUUCUUCUGGUGGAGGAAGUUGCCACAAACCUACAGCAUAUACGUGUCCCAAGCGCAAAUAAUAUUUACUGUCUCAAUGCAAUCUGACCAUGCAAGACGAAGCCACUGCCAGCGACCAAAACCAACCCAGCAAAAAUGACCACAACAACAAAAACAACAACAACAACAACAACAAUCAGAACAACGACGACUUCAAUAUGCACAGAGAGAACUGCGCUUGUGAUUUAAGCCUAGGUCUGGAAUAUACAGAUGAUGAAUUCGAUUGUUUAGAAGCGUUACUCCUGGCUCACCUUCAAUUGUCCCUGCGCAGUGGCCAAAGCGUUGGCAGUCAGAUGGGUGGUGUGGCCAAUGGUGGUCAUCUGCUUGGUCUUGUUGCAUUCGCACGUAAAAUAGCUCGUGUGCUUCUUUCACUCUCCUUGCUGUGCUGCAUACUAUUCCUAAGCUUCUAUCUGGGUAGCAACUAUGACGGCCACAAUGAAGGCGGUGUUCACAUCGCUUCGUCAACAACAAUAACAACAACAACAACCACCACCGACCUAUCUCUGGUCGAUACCAGCAUCAAUUCAGCGGCAGCAUCAGCAGUUCAUGGCAAUCAACCAGCAGAAUCAUAUUCCAUGUAGUCGGAAAAUAUAUAUAUAUAUAUAUGUUGAUAUAUAUAUAUGCAUAUACUUAUACAAAAUUACUAUAUAGAUGAGCACAUAAAUUAGUAUUGUAUUUUAAAUUGAGUAAAUGGGCAGCCUCCAA